AUGCCUUCACGAGUAUCAAUAAGGAAACAAUUCCUCUUGUUCUGUUCUUUCUCUUUACCUUUAUUAGCAUCAGCUUCAACAACAGAUACACCAACAGCAUGUUACGUUAUCAAUGGACAACAUAAUGCCGAUGCAGGAUAUAGAUGUGAUAAUUCAACAACGGGUCAUAGUACAUGCUGUCAAGCUGGUGCUAUAUGUUUUUCAAAUGGUGUUUGUCAACAGGCAAAUGGAAAUGUUCAAGAUUAUUUAAGAGUAGGAUGUACAGAUCCUACAUGGAAAGAUCCAGCUUGUUUAAAUCAAUGUACUACUUAUGCUAGACGUUCAACUGCCGGUAUAAGAUUUUGUAAUGGAGCUAUUACAUCAACAACAGAAUACUGUUGUGAUACGGGGGCCUAUGGAGUAGGAAGUUUUGCUUGUUGCGAAAAUGACUCAGAUAUCUUCAAUAUCUCACCUGUUGCCACAGUGCUAGCCCAAAUUCCCUUUACCUACACCUCAUCAUCAACAUCGUUCACAUCAUCUACCUCAUCCACAUCUACCUCAUCCACAUCUACCUCGUCAAUAUCUUCCACAUCCACCUCUUCAAUUUCAACUUCCAUUACAACAUCCGGUUCAGACAUGGCCACAACCUCAACCGCCUCUCAAACAUCUGCUGCACCACUUCCCUCUGUAACCUCAGCGUCCUCUAGAAACGCGGCCGCCAUCGGAGCCGGCGUCGCCAUUCCAUGUGCUAUCAUUGCUCUCGCUAUUUUGGGAUGGCUUCUCUGGAGAAGAAGGCGCGCGCAAAAAGCAAAAUCUGAUCAAAUCCUUAAAAAUAAUGAAGCAGGAUUCUCAGCACAAGGAUAUCCGAUUACAGAAGGAGCAUAUAACACACAAGCACAAGGAGGAUAUUCUCCAAGUGAAAUUGGAACGGGAUAUGAUAGGGGAUAUUUGGGAGAGGCCGGUGGGAUCGGGUUUGCAGAUAAGAAGGGUUAUUUUGCGCCGCUGCCGACUGAGAUGGAUACGGAGAGGACGGUGCAUGAAAUGGACGGAGGACAUUUUGGGGGAAGAUAA